AUGCAUCAAAUUAAUCGAAUUCAUUCAAUUAAAUCAUUAUUAAAAUUGCGUCUUUAUAACACCGCAUUUACAAAAAAAGAGAAAGUUAUUCGUUUUUAUAGCAAUAAAAAUAAUUUAACUUCAUUCAAAUUAGUAUAUGAUAAUCCAAAGAUUAAAAAUAAUUUAACUUCAUUCAAAUUAGUAUAUGAUAAUCCAAAGAUUAAAAUUAAUUUUUCUAAACAACAACCUCAAAUAAUUUUAAAAAGAGGUUUAAAUCAAGAUACUAAUGCUGCGGGUGUUUGGGAUCCUUUUCCCGAUCCAUUUCAACCGAUUGUAGAAAAAUCUGCUGAAACUGCAUUAGAUGAGCAAAAUAAUCCGAAAUCGAAAAAAAAGUACCCUGAUAAUAAUAAUGAAAAAAGGAAACGAUCAUUUCUAUCACCUCGAGUCAUGGAUGCUGUAUUGACAACUGUAAUGGGAUUAGCUGCUGUUGGUCUUGGUGGUGUAUUUUAUCAAGCAUGGUACGAAUGGAACGAAGCUCACCAAGUAGAAUUGGCGUUCAUAAAACCUGCACCGUUAGUAAAAAGUAGAACAGGUGAUGAAUUCUUCAAAAGAGAGGAAACAAAACAAAUUCGUGAAGUGGUAGAAGGUCGCGCUCCCGGAAAAUACUUUUUAAUUGUAGGUGAACGAGGAACGGGAAAAACUCAAUUAAUUUUAAAUGCAAUGGAUAGAAUUAAACAAUAUGGUGUUGUAUUUACUGAUGCACAUUCAGAUAAUGAAAUUUUUAAAGUUAGAUUGGGUAAAGCUUUAAAAUAUACUUAUAGAGAAGAUUACGUUGGUCAGCUUUUUGCAAGAGAAGCUCCUGAACGAGGCUCUGCAUUACUUGAUGUUGAAAAAGCUUUAAAUAUGGUAGAAGCAGUUGCAAUAAAAUAUUCUAAAAGACGUGGUCGCCCAUUAGUUCUUGUUAUCAAUAACAUUCAUACACUUAAAGAUGACGAAGAAGGUGACGAUCUUUUAGAAUUAUUACAACAACGUGCUGAAUCAUGGGCUGCUACUAAGAUUGUGACAAUGAUAUUUAAUACCGAUGACUAUUUAACACACGAACGCAUGAAGAGAGAUGCUUCUCGAAUGGAGGUUAUAAGAGUAAGAGAAUUACAAAAGGAAGAGGCGGUAGACUUGUUAAAAGCAAAACGAAAAAACGAAUCUGAAGAAUACCUGAGAGAAAUUGUUGAUCGAAUUGGUGGUCGUCUUUCCUAUAUUGAUAAAUUAGCCAGAGAACCUGACAUUUCUGCAACAGUUGAAAGUUUAAUAGAUGAAGAACGAACUUGGAUAAUUAAUCAAAUAGGUCUAAUUCCUGAUUUUGAAGAAAGUGCUUUUGAUGAUCAAAAAUAUGCUUCAUGUGCUUGGAAAUUAAUUCGUGAAAUUGUAAAAUCUGAAAGUAAUUCUGUUAAACUAAAUGACGGCAGAAAAAUUACUGGAAACCCAAAAUGGAUAGAAAUGAUGGAUCAUGAUAAUAUUAUUAUGAUUGAUGAACAUCAAAAUAUUAGAGCUGAUUCAAAAAUUUUACUAAAUUUAUUUAAAGACAUCGUCUCUGAAGAUGACUUUGAUGAGACAUUAGACAAUGUUUGUGAAAGAGUCGAAGAAGUUGAUAAAGAACAAAGAACGAGGGAAUUAAUAUGGAGUAAAAAGAAUGACCAAGUGGUUAGAGUUGGAAAACCUAAUAGAAGUUGGUUUUGA